CUGCAGCAGCUCCCCGCCACCAUGGAUGAGAUCUUCCGCAAGGUAGAGCGGGGCGUCGAAGCCCUCUUUGGGGAAGAGCGUCACGCGCACACUCACGCCGGUUCUGCAUGCGACGAGCAUCAUUCCGAAGCCCACUCCGGAAACAGAUUCCAGUCCUUUGCUCCCCAGACCACCGGCGAUGCCAAGUGGUAUGUCGACGGAUGCUCCUACUUCUGGGCCGUCUCCGAGGCCAUUGAGCAGGCCCGCGAGAGCAUUUACAUCCUGGACUGGUGGCUGAGCCCGGAGCUCUACCUGCGUCGCCCUCCCUCUGCCAACGAGCGCUACCGUCUCGACAACCUGCUCAAGGCCGCCGCCGAGAGAGGUAUCAAGGUCAAUAUCAUUGUCUACAAGGAAGUCGAGGCUGCAUUGACCCUGAAGUCAUCUCACACAAGGACCUACCUGGAAAGCCUUCAUCCCAACAUUGGCGUGUUUCGACACCCUGACCAUGUUCCCACAGGAUAUGACCUCCACAGCGAGAUUGGCGAGAACUUCUCAAACCUGUCCUUGAACACCUUCAAGUUGUCCACCUUCUCCGGUGAUGCGCUGAAGACCAUCUACGGUACCGCCACAGAUGGUGUCGUUCUGUUCUGGGCCCACCACGAAAAGCUCUGCCUCAUCGACGGCAAGAUUGCUUUCAUGGGUGGUCUCGAUAUGUGCUUUGGACGAUGGGAUACCAACAGCCAUCCCAUUGCGGACGCUCAUCCUGGCAACCUGGAUGCCGUCAUCUUCCCCGGCCAGGACUACAACAACGCUCGUGUCUACGACUUCGCCGAUGUUGAUAACUGGGAGCAGAACAAGCUCGACCGCACCAAGAGCUCUCGCAUGGGAUGGUCAGAUGUCGCCAUCAGCUUGAGCGGCCCGAUUGUCCAGAGCCUCUCGGAGCACUUUGUUGACAGAUGGAACUUCAUCUUCGACGACAAGUACACCAAGAAGAACCCCGGCAAGUACGGCAGAAUCGAUGGCUUCGGCCAAGAGUCUGGCAGAAUCGCAGAGGAAGGCCAGGGCGGUGGUUUCUUCGGCGGUGCCGGUCACCAGACCAGCCACCUCUUUGGAGGCCUUGGAGACAAGAUAAACCGCGGCAUGAGCCGUUUGAUGGUCAGCGAUGACCAGCCCGAGAACGACGGCAGACCCCUGGGCCAGGACCGCAACGGCCGCUCAGCUAACAUCCAGCUCACUCGAAGCUGCACGAAGUGGUCCUCCGGUCACCCCACCGAGCACUCCAUCGCCAACGCCUACAUUGACGCCAUCACCAGGGCCCAGCACUUCGUCUACAUGGAGAACCAGUUCUUCAUCACCGCCACCAGCGACAAGCAGCACCCCGUGACCAACAAGAUCGGCCGCGCCAUCGUCGACCGCAUCCUCCGCGCCCACCGCAACGGCGAAGACUUCAAGGUCAUCGUCAACAUGCCCGCCGUGCCCGCCUUCGCCGGCGACCUCAAGGCCGACGACGCCCUCGGCACCCGCGCCAUCAUGGAGUUCCAGUACAACUCGAUCUCCCGCGGCGGCCACAGCAUCAUCGAGUCCCUCCGCAACGAGGGCCAGAUCGACGACCCGGGCCGCUACAUCCGCUUCUACAACCUCCGCAACUACGACCGCAUCAACGUCUCCUCCACCAUGUCCGACGCCGAGCGCCAGAGCGGCGUCAACUACGAGGACGCCCGCCGCGAGCACGACGACGCCGUCGGCUCCGGCUACUACCCCCGCGGCGAGGGCACCGGCGCCAACUGGGACGGCCGCAACACCUCCCAGUACGACCGCUACCAGCAGGCCGCCUCCCGCGUCUCCGACCACACCUGGGACACCGUCUCGGCGUGCUACAUGGACGCCGGCCCGGACCUGCACAGCGUCCCCUGGCACGGCGACCCGGAGGCCGAGAUGGACGCCUUCGUCAGCGAGGAGCUCUACAUCCACUCCAAGCUCCUCAUCGCCGACGACAACCUCGUCAUCGUCGGCUCCGCCAACCUCAACGACCGCUCCCAGCUCGGCACCCACGACUCCGAGAUCGCCGUCGUAAUCGAGGACCCCACCCCCGUCGACUCCGAGAUGGCCGGCCGCCCCUACACCGCCUCCCGCUUCGCCGCCUCCCUCCGCCGCCAGAUCUUCCGCAAGCACCUCGGCCUCCUGCCCGACCAGCCCUGCGACCGCCCCGACGACAACUGGACCUCGGUCGAGCGCGGCCCCAACGUCUACGACUGGGACUCCCCCGCCGACCGCCUCGUCCGGGACCCCAUGUCGCGCGAGUUCUGGAACCUGUGGGAGGGCACCGCCCGCACCAACACCGAGGUCUUCUCCAAGGUCUUCCACAACGUGCCCAACGACCACGUGCGCACGUGGAAGGACUACGACGAGUUCUUCUCGCGCCACUUCAUCAUCCCCGGCGCCGCCAAGAAGGAGGGCGAUGAGGGCGGCGAGGAGGACAGGUCCGGCAAGGUCGAGUACGGCCACGUCGUCAGGGAGGAGUUCCCCGGCGGCGUGCGCGAGGUCAAGGACUGGCUGAACCGCGUGCGCGGAAACAUUGUCGAGAUGCCCCUCGACUUCCUCGUCGACGUUGACGACAUUGCCAAGGAGGGUCUGUCUCUCAACAGCUUCACCGACGAGCUCUACACAUAA